AUGGCUCAACGAGGACAACAACGACCAGAGCGGGGCAUGUAUACACCACCACAUAUGCGACAGAAACAGGAUGCUUCUCUGUCUUCUGGAACUCGCUCAGGACCAGAAGCCAAUUCCCGUUUUGAUCCUACCCCGGCCUCGAUGAUUUCAUCUCCUGUUCUUGGUGUAAAGCAUGCCUGGGAAACGGCAAAGUCUGACAAAAGAUCGGUACAACAGCAAGGCCCUUUACGAAAACAGCCACAAGCCAAUCGACAGCUGUUUUCAAUUCCCACUAAUCCAACAACUAAAAAGCAUGAAUGGGAGCAUGAUGCGAAUUCUCGCAUUACCAAGACAGUCAUUUCCAAUGUCAGUACAUCGCCAGUGCGGGGUUUGGAAUCAACCGAUACAGCUGCUUCAAAGCCCCACCAUCAUGAAAGUAAGCAAGAUCAUAACGAGAAGAGCACAAAAAGUACCAAUAAAGGACGCCGAGUGAAUGAGCAUAGUCACGCUCAGGAUCAGGAGAAUCAUACUUUGCAUGAUCAAGACCAUCACUAUGGCCUUCACGAGCAUCCUAAUGGUGAUCAUGACUAUUUAAAUAGCACAGGAACAAGUCUUGAUCGUGACGGAAAUAACCGUAAUGGUGGAAUGGAAAAGUCUGGGAAAGGUCGCGGUAGAGGCAGGGGUAGAAACCGUGGAGAUGGAAACAGUCGAAGUGGAGGUCGUGGCAGUCAUUCCAAUACUCAUCGUGAUACUGAGGAUCGAGGCGGUGAGCACAGAAGAGCUUCACCAGAAACAGUCGGCCAUGUACGUAGUUGGGACAAUCACAAUUAUUAUAACCAUGACCGCAAUACUUAUAAACACGAACGUAAGCUGUCAAUUGAUAAACGAUUAGGCCCAUCCGUUCUUCAACCAAACCGCACGACUAAUUUAGUAGUAUCACCUCAUCUCUCCAGCGAUGCCAGAAAUGCGGAUGCUAUAGUGAGAUCUCGCUCACCAUCACACUCUCCGACUCAUCGUAGUGCAAGAUCAACAUCACACGAACGAACUACUUGGGGCGUGCCAUUCGCACAUCCAAAACAGAGCGGAUGGUCCAAUGUAGGCAUACAAUCACUUCCACAUUCUUCUGGUAAAGAACCCAUUAGAAAAACACAUAAUCGAGCAUUAUCCUCUGCUACACAUGAUGGUACAAUGCCAAGUGGAAAGUCUCAAGACAAAUCUCAGUUUUGUCGACUUGGCGAUUUUUCCAUUCCAACAGUUCUUGCACUUCCACCUCGACCUGACCAAGCCAAUAUUGAUCAGUCUCAUAAACAACGGCAGCGACAAAUGAUAUCUAUAUCCACUGCACAUUCCAAAUCACUCCCUGGGGAAAAAGACUUGUUUAUAUCUGUAGAUGCUUCAUCUAGAUCUCCACAUGGUGAGUCUAGUAGCACUCAAAAAUGGAUGUCUCAAGACUCUAGAUCCCUUCAAACGGAUCAUGAAUGGAAUAAUCGAGCACCCGAUAAAAAUGGUCGGGGGCGAUUGCAAGGUAGCAACCGCGGAGGUGGGCAUGGCUCAGGGUAUGGAGGAAACGGUGGGAGUCACCAUGCUCGAGACAAUCGUCACAGCAAUCAUGACUUUAAUCAUCGUGAGCAUCGUGUGCACCACGGCAAUAGUCAUGGUGACGAUUCGAGACAAUUUGCAAAGUCGACCAUAGCUUCCAGACAGCCUGCAUCCACUUCUUGGAAGGGAUCUGAAAGUAUGUUGAGUCGGGGUUUAUCUCACAAUGUAGCCGAUCCCCCAUCGAUUGUAGUUGCUACUGUCACAUCUUCCUGUGAACCUGUUGCUUCCACUAGCAGUACACAGUCAACAAAAUCUACUGAUACGACAUACGUUCGUCCAAAGAUUCCAGCAAAUGAUGAGUAUGUUGAUUGGGCUGAUAUGGAUUAGGCUCAACAUACUGUAAUGGCGAUACGACAAUGAAAUAUUAUUUUUGCAUUUCUAU